UUUUUUUUUAAGUCAUCGGGUGACCAUGUCAACGUUGAGGGAAGAUGUGCUCCUUAACUUUUCCAUGCGCUUCUAAAACUUGCUGGCAUCACGUUCCUUGCCGGGUUUCUUUAAUAGCUUUAUUCAAUAAUGCAGAGCUGCCCUGCAUUAUUUAAAUAUCACGAGAGGAAAUAAGUGAUUUGGACUUUUGGGGGUCUUUAAAAAGGGGGGGAGGUGGAGACGACGAACCAUCCCCUCCCUCAGUUCUCGACUGAAUUUGAAGUAAUUUUGCUCAGGGGGAAACACUUGAAGCCGCACCACCACAGCACUGGAAAUGGAGGCACCCAAUGGCUACGCUGCUAGUAAUGGCCAAUGCUCUCCAGGUAAGGAGAAGUCAAGAAUGUCAACAUCCAACGGAGAAAAUGAGCCUUAUGGUUGUAAUUCCCCCAGUGAUCUGAGCGAUAAACAGAUCAAGCAAGAAGACACGAGCGAAGAGGCCGACAACGCCAGUCCGGGGUGUGAGCCCCAAACUGGAGAAGAACGGACAUCUGUGGGGGAAUCGAUGGCACGGAGCCCAAGUCACGCGCAGGAGGGCAUAGCUGGACAAAAUAUGGCCGUGGAUGCACCCAGUCGACACCCAAACGGUGAGCGGCCAUUCCAGUGCAACCAGUGCGGUGUCUCGUUCACUCAGAAGGGAAAUCUGCUGCGGCACAUUAAGUUGCACACGGGCGAAAAACCCUUCAAGUGCCCCUUCUGCAGCUACGCCUGUCGCCGCCGUGAUGCGCUCACGGGUCAUUUGCGCACUCAUGCUGUUGGCAAACCACACAAGUGCAGCUACUGUGGGCGGAGCUACAAACAGCGCAGUUCCCUUGAGGAGCACAAAGAACGCUGCCACGGUUACCUGCAGAGCAUUGGUCUGGACCCAACUGUCAACACGGGACCUUAUGCAGGUGAGGUUCCGAAAGAGCCGAGGCCCAUGACGACGUUUGAGCGUCCGCUCGUGAUUGAAAGACUCAACAGCAAUGUUGGAAAAAGGAAGAGCACCACACCGCAGAAAUUUGUGGGUGAAAAGAUGGUGCGCUACAGCUACCCUGAAAUGGGAUAUGAGAUGGGCCUCAAGUUCGAGAAGCAGCCUGAGCUCUUGUCGGCCCACAUGAUGGAGCAAUCGAUGGGCAACGCCCUGACAUAUUUGGGAUCAGAAACACUUCGGCCCAUUCUGCAACACGUGCCCAUGGUCAACCCACUCUACCAUCAUGUUUUGCCUCUUGACCAGAGAGCGGAGCGUUCAGGGAAUACCGACUCACUGCCACCGCAGCCCACAUUACCUUCCGACUUCCCCAGCCACAGCGUCUCCAACGGGCCCGCUUCGUUGCCUCGGCACAGCCGCCCCACCCACUCGGGACACGAAGAGUCGCCGAGCAACAGCGGAGGUGACUCGCCCGAGUCGGCUCGCAGCAGCCCUCCGGAGCGGCACCUUAAUCCCGGCGCCAAUCUCCCGUCCGGUCUCAGGUCUCGCUCGAGCCCCGCAGUUUAUUCGGGUGAUCACGUGACAGAUGCGUCACCCAGAACUGGCUCAGGAGCCGCGAGCGGGCUGUUGCGAGAAGCCGCAGAGAGGCCCGCAGUCCAGGAAGGGGUGCGGGUGUUUGGACGGGAAGGUCGGGAGUUGCGGGCCUUCCAGUGCGACCAUUGCCAAGUGCUCUUCCUGGACCACGUCAUGUACACCAUCCACAUGGGUUGCCAUGGAUAUAGGGAUCCGCUGGAAUGUAACAUCUGUGGUCAUCACAGCAAAGACCGUUAUGAGUUCUCCUCGCAUAUCGUUCGCGGUGAACAUACGUUCCAGUGAAAGGACGGAUACAAAUGUAAAGACAACUAUGAGGAAGAUUUUCAUUCUCUUUUUUUUUGUUUUUUUUUGUUUCCCAAACCUUGUAUUUUGCUGCAGACCCGUGUAGCGCCAGUACAAGCUUUUCAGCUCCAAGCAGUGUGAAUUUGAAGAGCUGAGAAACCAUAUGAAGGCUUCGUGGCAGUGCGCGCUGCUACAAACGAGAUCAAAUCGCUUACAGUGAGAGCAUUUGAAAAGCGUCCUAAAACAGACCUCAAGGAUUUGUAGGUUAGUCCUUCUGUUUAGGCUUCGUCACGCUCACUAUUUCCAAAGUAUGAAGGAGUAUGCGAACCGCACUUGAAAGUAAAAAAAAAAAAGAAAAAGGUUAACGCAUUGUAAGAAUGAAGUUGUAAUUAUGAAAAUAAAGUAAGUGGACAAUCAUCUCAAUCAUCAGUAGGAGCAGUUGAACGUGAGGAACUGUUCAAAUGUUUGUUUUGUUUCCUGAGAAAGGACGAUGGCGUCUUGAAACGCAUCUUUUCUUGGGAUUGUUUGAUCAUCAGUCAGAAGAGCUUUACCGAACAAAUAUUGAUUGAUUUUUUAUUUUUUCCAGGUAACGACACGGCAGCUCGAGAGAGACACCGUGACUUAUGUGUUUACAUUUGUGUGGGAAUUUGGACAUUGACUUGUUAAUAUGCAAUUUGAAUCAAACAUUUUUUUCUAGUGAUAUUAUGACUUAAAUAUUAAAGCUUUUUUUUCAUGUGGCGGGGGGGGCAGUAAAAUCUUGUUGUUUUUUUUCCCCCCUUCCUAAGUGGCCCUAUUUUCCUUCGUAACAAAGAACAAAAGUCUGUUGCAAAUCGUGAUUUUGGUCACCUGAUGCUGCUUGUUGUCCAUUUGGACUUGUUUGCCAGUGAUAAUAUUGAUUCUCAUUGUGUCCUGCAUUUUUGAAGCUAUAUUAAUUCUUGUGCCAUGAUCACGAUUAAGCUUUGCGCUUUGUUACAGUAUUUAUUUUAGAAGGUCAAAUUUCCAUUGAUAUGAAAUGAAUAUGAAAUUAUAUUUUUUAUUACUGCUAAAUUUGAGAUAUGAGACUCUCCACCUGAUCUAGUUUACAAAGAUCCUCGGGUAGCUUGGGGCCUUUUAAAGUGGACCAAACUUAGUUCAACAUGGUUUUGUAAACUAAGAAGCGUAAAAAAUUUUUGGGGGGGUGGUGCGGGGGAGGAAAAUAUAUGUUCAGUCAUAUGAAAACCUAUUUGCCCUUUUCACAAGUUAUUGGUAUUCAUAUUGAUGUAUGAAUGAGAUUCACAGAGCAGAAAUUGGGGGUUCAAUCGAUCAAAGCAAAUUGUCCAGGUCCUGGAUGAACACAGCAUCCCCAGACUAUCACACUCCCAUCACUAUGUUUGACUGUUAAUCUGAUCUUUUUCUGAAAUACUUUUAUACCAGACGUAACAAGACACACACCUUCAAAAAAAAUCUCCUUUCAUCCGGUAAAAUACAUAGGACAAUCACUCACCAUUUUGCAACCCCACCCAGACUGAAAAAUAUAAAUGAUUUUAUGACUCAUCUGUAAUUUCCUUGGUUGACAGUAUUUUGUUGCAGCUUUUUAAAAAAAUUUUUUUGGCUUACGUCAUUUUGUCAGACAUGUUCUAUAUAAGUCAUUUCUUAAAUAACAAGUCAGGGAGUAACCAGACUAGGGUAUUGUCAGUAAAACUCAGAUUUCCAAAAUAUGUGUUUAAUUUAUGAUUCAAUAAAAACGGUGAUUGCUCUUGCACUAGAUUUGGAUAGCUUUGGGAAAUACAAAGUAAGAAUUUGAGAAAAGGGCAAAUACUUUUUCAUGGCGCCGUAAAUGAAAUGUGUAAUCAGGGGUGGAGGCAGUGGGUCUUUAUUUGAAUUUUAGUGUUGAAAAGUGUGUAAGACAAUCAAAACGUAAUCCAAAAACAAUGCCUACGCAGUUACUUUUAACAACCAAAAUGAUUGUGAUAAACGUUUAUUCGUCUUUGCUCUGAAACUGUAUACAAUAUUGUUGGCUGCUUUAAAUUCUAAUUCAUGUGCAGUUUUUUUUUCCUGUUCUGUGGAUUUCUUAGAACAAAAAUAAUAUCAUCAUCAGGGUUCAUAUAGGGGUUACCUCUCAUUUUUUUUUAUCUGCCUUUUAUUGCACAUUUUCAACACUUUGCCUUCUCGUAUGUAAUGUGUAAGUAUGACAAGUGUUAUGCAAAUAUAUAUAUUUCAAAAAAGUAAUAAUAAUAAAAAAAUUGUCAAAUUCAGAACAGUCACAACUGAUGUGUUCAAAUCGUAAGGCGUGGAAAGUGAUUGCGAUACAAUUAAAAUCAUGUGCAUGUCGAGGAUUAAGUGUGAAAUUGGUUGUGUAACGUCAGAGCAGAGUUGGCAAAAAAUGCAAUACUCUGUCAUGACAUUGCGGCAAUUCGCUUCCAUUUCUUUUGCACGUAAAUCGGCAAACUGCUCAUCAAACACCAAAACCAAGAAGGAUUGCUUCAGGACACCCUUUACCGAUUGAGCUUUUUCACAUCCUUUUUUCAUUGACUUCUCGGCUACCAACAAUUCUAUUCACACGCGUUUAGAAGCGUGUUCGCUCUCAAAAGAUUAAAAAAAAAAUCUUAUUAAAUAAAUCAAUGCUGUAGCUUUUCAUAUGAAGCUCGUUUGUUCAUGUUCAUAUUUAUGUGUGCGGAGUUUACGUUUUGGUCAUCAUAUUUGUAUAUCUUUCAAACAUAUUAUUUUUCAACUCUGUGUGAAAUAUUUUCUAUACAUGAUGCCUUAAACUUUGGACGUCUGAAAUUAUAGAUGAUGUACAUUAAGGCUUGAGUCAUCAUUUCUUUUUUAGGUGUGAUGUCAUUGACCUGACAUGUGUGGACUUAGCCUGCUAAUCAUUUGAGCUCAUCAAUUAUACUGCAAAAAAAAGGGUUAUUGGCGAUCAAUUCUAGAUGCUACAAAAGCGAUAGGUCUAAAAUGCAAAUUCAAGUUGAAGCAAAACUGCUUUGCACUGUGAAGGAAAAAGAAAAAAAAAAGAAUUUUACCUCAGAGAGGCCUCACUGCAGCCUGUGAGAAGAAAUGAUGUGUUAUGUAUCGCUGACCUUGCACUUUAGCCAACGCACUUGCAACAAGGUAACGAUUUAUUGCAGGCCGGCAGUGAAAACUGUUGAUGAAACCAAAAGUCCACUUUUGGAAGGCUUAUGCGGAAAUGAUCUGAUGUCAGUUUCCUAAACUACCUGAUACAUCACCUCGUUGUGACAGCAAGUUUUGUAAGCAGACCAAAAUUCUCAGAGGGGAACUCAGCAACUUAAUUAACCUCACAUUUUCUUUGAAUGUAAUAUCUUGAUCAAAAGGCAGCUUUCUCUCUCUCUCUCUCUCUCUCCUUUUUUUUCUUCUUCUUAUUCUCUGGUGCUAAGCAACCACCACCCAACUUUAAUGUGCGCAAACCGCGGCACAUAAAUGUGUUUACAUCUCCAACCUAUGAAAAUAUACUUUUCUGUUAUCUAACCGGCACAAGUCAACUAAGAAAAAAAAUGACGAUGGGGGAAAGAAGUCAGCUCUGUGUGAGCUGAAUUUUCUGUGCUUACCAUAAAUGUGCUAUUUUCUGUAUAUACACGUACAAUAUGUCUACAGCUGUGUUCAAAAAUAAGAGCAGUUUUAUUACUACUUGGCUAGCAAUUAGCGGAGUCUGACAAAGGUUUGCAUAUAUAAAAAUAGUUGUCGAGGUCAUCUUGCCUGGUAAUGCCCUGAUAGUGGGCGUUUUGACAACACAUUGAUGCCAAAUACGUGAGUAAGUGAGCAGCAUUUUGGUUCCACACCAAAAGAAGUAAUUACGUCAUGCCCAGAUCAAUCCCCGGAUCUUUAUCCGAAUAUCGGGUCACCUCUAAAGUGGUUAUACAACUGAAUAUUAGUUGAAUAAUAAAUCCUUGAAAAUUGGAGUUUAUGAUGCAAAUACGACAGUUUUUUUUCUUAACACAAUUUUUAUUUUUCUUAAUUUUCUGUAAAAGCUGUCAAAAAAUGGAUAAACGUUUCCUCGUUUUCAAAUAUAAUUUUUCGUGCCUGGUGAGGCAUGGAAAUUAAAAUUCUGCGACUAAAGGAUUUGGAGCUUCUGAAACACACUGCUAUUAUUUUGAACUCAACUGUAUAUGUAUGUAUGUAUGCUGAAUAUUAUUUUUGGGGCAUCCAACAGUAGGAUUGCUUCAUUGUUUUUUUUUUUUUUGUUGGAGGGAGGGGGGUUCUGAUGUAAUUCCAUUUUAACAAUGAAACGGAACUCAUGCACUCAAACAGGAGCUCAGGUAUUUGCAGAGCUUGUAUAUUUUUAUGUCCCAAUAAAUUGGAUUUGAUUGAUCAAAUAAUGCCCAUAAAUGGAGUUUCUUUUGUUAUAUCUUUAUCGUUUCCGAAAUAUUGAAUGGAGCAUUUGGACAAAAAUCAUGUAAAAUGAAGCCACGUUGCUGUGAAGCUUGUGUAUGUUUUGAAGGAACGGGUUUUCUCUCAUUGGAAAGUAAAUCCCGGCUUUGCUGUUCAGUCAGAGCAAAGUCAAACUUUGUUACAAUAAAAAUUUAUUCAACUACUAAA